CCAAGCCAGUGCCCCGCCAGGAAAACAGAUGAAGCGCAUCUGGACAGCUGUGCUGAGAAAGUUUGUGGGCCCCUUCCCGGCCUGCCAUCUGCAAGGCACGUCUCCCACGUCGUCUCCUGCUAGGCACUUAUUACUUAUUUAUUUUUCCCAAGAAGCAAUCGGCAGUCCAAGGGUGAACUUCUUUUCUCCCCGCUACCGCAUCACCCCCGCGAAUUCCCCCCCUCCCGCCCUUGCAAGGCGAGGCCACAUCACAUUCAACACAGUUGUUUAAUUUUCAUGGGGCUUUGCGAUCAAAAGAACAGAAACAGCAACAAAAACCUAGCCGCCAUCCGAUCCUAACUGGCAAAGUGGGGAAAGCCCGGUGCUGAGUGAACAGACCAAGUUGGAGAGAAGACAAUUGACUUGGACUUGACUUUGAGCAGAGGAUUAAGGUCAUGGGAAGUUUCAGAGGUCAUGCCCUCCCUGGAACCUUUUUUAUUCUCAUGGGGUUUUGGUGGAGUACAAAGGGUAUUCUGAAAUAUGUUUACAAAAAGCAAACUCGGACCUGCUACCUUAGUUCCAAAACAUUUUUACGUCGAACAGAAAUUUGGGAAGGAGUUGUUGCAGUCUUAAUGGCUUUAACUGGUAUGGUUGGGGAACAGUUUAUCUCAGGCGGACCAUCCCUGAACUUGUAUAAAGAUGGCCAGUGGAACCAGCUUCUGGGCUGGCAUCACACAACCAUGUACUUCUUCUUUGGACUACAGGGUGUAGCCCAAAUCAUAUGUUUCACUACCAAUUUACUUCCAACAUCCUUGAGCAAGUUAAUGUUAUCAAAUGCCAUCUUUGUAGAGUCAUUUAUCUUCUACAACCACACUCAUGGUCGGGAAAUGUUGGAUGUUUUUGUGCACCAGCUUCUGGUCUUUACCACCAUUUUGGCGGGUUUGGUUACCUUCAUAGAAUCCCUCACAAAGAACAAUGUACUUCUGGAACUCCUGUGGUCAAGCCUCAUCAUACUGCAAGGGACCUGGUUUUGGCAGAUUGCUUUUGUCCUGUAUCCUCCCAGUGGAAGUCCUGAAUGGAAUCUGUCAGAUAUUGAGAAUAAAAUGUUUCUCACCAUGUGCUUUUCUUGGCAUUAUGCAUCAAUCUUUGUCAUCACAGGAUUAAAUUUUGCUUUUAUCACCUGGCUGACAUCUGGGCCUCAUCUUCUUAGGGGCUGGGGAGUCUUCAGGAACAGUUCCAGGAUGCAAGGAAAAACUCUGCUUCGUGUCAGCUCCCCUCCAGAGCCAACAGAAGACUACUGUCUCUUCCUGUUUCAAAAGCCUUCAGAUGCCUAAUAAAUGGCUUAUCCACUUACAGGUUCCUAGAAACAAGAAACUCCAGUUUUAUUUUUCAACGUCUCCCAAUCCCCACUGCAUGUUAUUCUAAUCUUUUUUACCAGACAGUUCCCUUUUACCUCGUAUAUUCACACUAGAUGCCCAUCUCUUCUCUAAAACCUUCUAUAAUGCCUCUGGCCCAUGUCGAUUAUGUUUCCUGAGCUUUGGUAGUACUUUGCACUAAACGCUAUUGUGAUGCAUCAAUUGUGAUAUUGACUACUUGUCCCCAUUAGCCCUCCCUGACAGCUAGAUUGUAGUCCCAUGUUAAAACGAUCAUUUUCAUAUCCCCAUACUGACUGGCACAUUGCUACACAUAUAAUAAGUGCUCAGUUAACAUUUGUUAGCUGUUUACUAGGUCUCCAUUUCAAAGGUGCUUAAAUACACCCUUCAUUUGUUUGGAAGUUGUAUUUUAUAUGUUUCUUGAUUUCCCUUUAAUAUUUAUAUUGAAAAGAUAAGACUAAAAGUUUAACUUUCCCUGAACUAUUUUGAUAUGUAUUUAAGCAACCAUUUUAAAAUACUACAAAGAUUCAGUAUUGCCUUUCAGUGAGACCACAUGAAAAACUAACUUGGUACUAAAGUUGAGGAUAAGGAGGCUUGAAACUCCUUUAGUCAGGGUUUACCUGUGAAGUGGUUGCUUAUCCACAAGUCAUUUCAUUAAAUGUCGGACAUUAUAUCCAAGUUGUUUGACAUAGCACAAUGACUGACACACAAGCACAUCUAAGUUAUAGAAUUCUCCUCCCUAAAUUCUUGAAAGAUGAUACAAAAUGUUCCAGUUUUACUAAAUAAUGGUCCAAGAUUGCCUCAUUCUAUCCCCUGCCUGCAGUCUUGAUUAUGUAAGUUUAUAGAUGAAACCUAUCUGUUUGGAAAUAUUGUUGCAUAUUUAAUAUGUUACAUAUAAAAUAUGUGCAGGGCUUGCGAACACGCCAGGCACAUGUUUUUUAGAAGUAACUCUUGCAUCAGCUACUCUUUUUUUUCUCGAGACAGAGUUUCCCUAUAUUGUUUUGGAGGCUGUCCUGGAAUUCACUCUGUAGACAAGGCUGGCCUCGAACUCACAGAGAUUCGCCUGCCUCUGACUCCUGAGUGCUGGGAUUAAAGGCGUGCGCUACCAACGCCCGGCCAGCUCUACUCUUUUUCACAGUAAUUUAUGAAAACAUGAAGCAAGAAGACAGACACACCUUGACCUUGAUUUCCAAAAUGUCCCCCAUUCUAGUAACUGGCAAUUGUGCCUGAGAAUUCAUUUAUUGAUUACUUAUUGUGUUGGGCUGGGGGGUGCUGUAUUAAGGGAAUUUUGUUUUUGAAACAGGGUGUCAUUCGGUAUGUGGUCUUGAUUGGUUUAGAACUUUCUAUGCAGACCAGGAUGGCCACAGAGAUCCGCGUGCCUCCGACUCCCGAGUGCUGGUUCGCAGGUGUGCGCCAUCACAUUAGGCUGUGGUUCCUUUUUAUUACCUAGCUCUCACCCUGCCUCACAGGGCCAUUUUCACAUGUGGGUUACAGAUGCCCAGAACCUGAUAAGGGUGUGAGAUUCAUGGCUUAUAGCCACACCAUAUACUACCCAGAGAGAAACCACAGGAAGCCGUGGAGCAACUGGGUCUAUGCUAACAUUUCAUUCCCAGUAAGAAGGCACAAGAUGUUUCAUUUUCCACAUGAGUCUUCAAAAAUGAACAUAACUGAUUAGUCCCUUUCAUCUUACACGGAUUGGCAUUGGACUAUGUGGAAAGGAUUGUGUGGGCUUUUGUAAGAGGACACAAAUGUUCUCCAGCCCUUAAUUUGUUACAGAGCAUCAAUUAGUCUUUCAAAACAGAAGUGGUUUGGAGUGUUCAGAACAUAUGAACAAAUUCAGUAAUCAAUAAUCAAGGAAAACAACUGAGCAGAUUUUUUUGGCUGUUAAGUCAACUGAGGUUAUCGAUUCUGCUCAGUUGCUGUUUAUUGGAGGUGUUAGUGUUAAUUGCCAGUGGCUGAAGAACUGGUAGCCUCUAUUCACAGAUUAGUGGCAUAAUCUGUCAGAUUGUUCUACAUGCCAGUGAUGUGCCAAAUGAGUCAAUGUCCUAGCUUAGAAUCACUUCUGACUCUUGCUAGGGUUACACCAGCAAAUGAGAUGAAGUCUAUGCACUUUUGUGUGGGAUCCAGAGCACAAAGAAUGUCAUAAUGUAUGAAUAUAACAGGCCAGAACUUAACUAGAGAAGGGAAGAAAGAAAGGAAAAAUCAGAAUGCAAACAGACUGAAGAAAUUUUUCAUAAAGAGAAAUUCAGCCCAGAUUUAACAUAUGCCUUCACUUGGUCUGUCACCCAGGGAAAGGUUAUGUGUUUCAUUACAGAAAAUGACAUCUCUUUGCAAUCCAUAGGUAGUUGUGGGUUUGAUACAGAUGUCCUACCAAUGUCAUAUUUGUCACAGUCAGAGUCUCCUGCUUGUUUUAUAAGUGAUCAGUUGGGCACAACUAAGAAAUCUCAUAAUAUUUUGAAAGACACAUCUUUUCUGUUUACUUAGACCUUGCUGUAGUCUAUACACAUUUUCAGGUAUCUCAAAGUCAAAUAGAAACAAUUUCACUUUGGAGAUUGCCUCUGUUUGUUGUAGGAAUAAUCUGUAUAUUACUCUAAAGUUUUGAACCUUGGUAUCAUGUAACCAGAAAUGAUUUUCUUUUUCCCCAGGUUAGUUAAAUCUAGACUUAGGAAGGUCUGCACCUCGGAAGUUGGACUCCUGAAAAGUGCUGAGCAUGAGCACGAAUCAGAAGAAGAAGUGUGAUUUGAUGGGCAUCCACUCAUGCCAAAAAAGCCUUCUCAUUUUUCGUUGCCUUUGCUCAUAACUUUGUUUUUUGACCUUUGUUUGAGGAACAGCCAUCUGAGUCAUGUUGUUUGUAUUUCCAGUUUUGUUAAAGUAUAGGACUUUAAAUGCCUCACUUUCUUACAGCUUUGAAAGUACUUUGGGCAACAAAUUCCCUUUACAUAUUGUGCAUGCCACCGGUAUUCAGGACCAAUCAUAAUUUUCCAAAGUCAUAUAUAGCUUCAUGCCUAUACUAUGAGAAUGGUUUGUUUUAUUUUCCUGGUGGAUACCUUCAAGAUUCAUGGCCUUGCCAUCACUUGUAAUCAUUAGAUGUUAAAUUUUACUUGUUAAUCUUGUUGCCACAAUGAAAAAUAAAUGAAUGCAAAAGCCUCAAA